AUGGAUAGUGCAAGUUUUCUGAGAGUUCUGGCAAGCAAGCUACCCUUGUAUCUCCAGCAGAAAUGGAUAUCACGAGUAGGCCUGACUCGUGAUAUUGCUAAUAGGAAUCCCACCCUGGAAGACCUGGCACAGUUCGUCAUACAGACUGAAAGAAACAUUAACGAUCCCAUGGUACAGGGAUUGGGAUAUCAGAGGACAGAGAAAAAUGCUUCCUACAAUAAAGAUGAGAAAGAAAAACUACAAAAAUCAAGAAGCACAAAGGCAUUUGGUACAGCUACACAACAGGAUAGGGAGCAGAAGGACAAGAGGGAACCAAGUUGUACUUUCUGUGGCACCAACUCAAGGCAUGUUAUUGACGAGUGCCGAAAAUUUGAAGCCUUGACAGUUGAAGAAAGAUCAGAGCAAUGUAAAAGGAAAGGCCUCUGCUUCCGAUGCCUGAAACCAAAACAUCUGAAAAAGGAAUGCAAGAGUAAGAUCAAGUGUGAUGUCUGCGACAGGAUGCACAACACUUUAAUGCAUGAUCCCAGGUGGAUGAAAGACGGAGAAGGAAAUACAAGGAAAACCACCAAUGAUGCUUCAACAUCUACCGAUGUGCAAAGUGAAGCUGGAAGGAUCUCUUCAGGGUCUACCAAUGUGAAGAAAAGUGUUGGAGGAAAACCCCAGACAUCGACGUGCAUGACGAUAGUUCCAGUCAUCGUGAAGCACAAAGGAAAUGACAGAUGCAUAUCAACUUAUGCAUUCAUAGAUAAUGGAUGUGGAACAGUCUUCUGUGACACAGAACUUACCCAAAGGCUGCAUGCAAGAACCAGGAAAACCAAGCUAAUAGUCAAGACAUUGAAUCUUGAAGAAGUGAUAGAUACAGAAGUCACUGUAGAUGAGCUGCAGAUCGCAGGAGUAAAGGAGAAGGAAUUCAUCAAUCUUCCGCCCAUCUAUGUCAAAGAUGGUAUACCAGUGACAGUUUCAGAUGCUCCAACUCAAAAGGAUCUGAAACGAUGGAAACAUCUGAAGGACAUAGAAUUGCCCGAAAUAAGUAACCGCAACUCUAUUUCAAGGGUAACUCUCAUGAUUGGAGCCAACGUUCCGUCAGCAUCGAUGCCUCUAGAAAUUAAAGCUGGUGACAUCGAAGAACCAUAUGCUAUCCGCUCAAGGCUAGGUUGGCUCGUGUAUGGUAUACAAGCUCAAGAGCAAGCAGAUAUUCACAAAGUCUGUUUUUGUAAACAGGAGGAAGUUUCCAUCAUUCCUAGACAAGAGGAAUUAGAACGGAAAUUCAAAGACUUCUGCAAUAUGGAAUUUACAGAGAGACUAAGUGAUCACAGAGAGGGCCUGUCAGUUGACGACAAGAAUUUCUUGGACAUAAUGGAGAAAUCUAUCACUAAGAAAGACAAUCAUUAUCAGAUAGAUCUGCCCUUAAAGCAGAGAGAUGUGGCUAUGCCUAACAACAAGGACCAAGCUGAAAGAUUUCUGGAAAGACAAGGACAGAAGUUAUCAAAGAACAAGGAAAUCCAUGAACAGUACACCACAUUCAUGAAUGAUCUGGAAAAGCAAGGCUAUGCAGAGAAGGUUCCAGAAGCAGACUUGGACAGACAUGAUGGGAAGGUAUGGUAUAUCCCUCACCAUGGGGUGUAUCAUCCCCAAAAGCCAGGAAAGAUUAGAGUAGUCUUCAAUUGUCCUAUCAGCUACAAAGGAAAGUCUCUUAAUCAGGAACUCCUACAAGGACCAGAUCUAACCAACAGAUUGCUUGGUGUUCUCCUCAGAUGGAGGAAAGAGAAAGUGGCUAUAAUGGCAGAUAUACAGUCUAUGUUCUAUCAGGUGAAAGUUACACCAGACCAAUGCGACAUGCUGCGUUACUUGUGGUGGCCUGAGGGGAAUAUCACCAAAGAGCCAGUAGCCUACAGAAUGCUAGUCCAUCUUUUUGGGGCUACAUCUUCUCCCAGUUGUUCGAAUUAUGCCCUGAAAAGAACAGCAAAGGACAAUGAAGGUUGUGCAAAGGAAGAAGUCCUAGAUGCCAUACAGAAAGAAUUUUACGUUGAUGAUUUUCUGAAGUCAGUAUCAACACCCCAAGAAGGCAUUGAUCUAGCUGAAUCAUUAAGACAAGUGUUGUCCAAGGGAGGCUUCAAGUUAACCAAAUGGUCAAGCAACAGACGAGAGGUCUUGGAUUCCAUUCCAAAGGAGGAACAUGCUGUUGAAUUGAAGGAUUUGGACUUACAAAGGGAAGUACUUCCAACGGAACGAGCUCUUGGUGUGAGAUGGGAUCCAGAAAAUGACCAGUUAGGCUUCAAACUGAAAGAAAUGUCAAGAAAGGCUACUCGCCGAAACAUCCUAUCAGUAAUGAGCUCAGUCUAUGAUCCCUUCGGGCUAGCAGCAUCAUUCGUUCUGAAGGCUAAGAUAAUUCUGCAAGAACUGUGCCAAGCUAAAUUGGACUGGGACCAGUCAAUCCCUGAAAAGCAGAAAAUGGAAUGGGAACAUUGGAUGAAUGAGCUACAAAAUCUUGACCAGGUGAAGACUGAAAGAUGUCUAAAACCAAAGAACUUUGGUAUAGUAACAAACAGACAGCUGCACCACUUUGCCGAUGCUAGCAUGGAUGGCUAUGGUGUUGUGACCUACUUGAGACAGACAGAUGAGAAUGAAGAGGUUCAUGUGGCAUUUUUGACAGCUAAAGCCAGGGUUGCCCCACUGAAGCCCCACACUAUUGUUAAGAUGGAGUUAACUGCUGCAACACUCGCAGUAAAGCAAGACAGUAUGAUCAAGAGUGAAAUGAAUAUGGAGUUGGAUGAGACAGUAUUUUGGACGGACAGUCAAACAGUUCUGAAAUACAUUGCCAACGAAACUGCCAGAUAUCCAGUAUUUGUGACAAACAGACUGAGUAUCAUCCGAGAUGGAUCAGAGACAAAUCAGUGGAAGUACAUUCCUACCAAGUUAAACCCGGCAGAUCAUGCAUCCAGGGGAUUGGAUGCCAGUGAACUAACCAAGAAGAAGGAAUGGUUUGAAGGCCCAGAAUUCCUAAAGCGGUCUGAAGAAAUAUGGCCAUCUGAGGGUGUGAAAGCUCAAGCAAGAAUGGAGAAAGCUGAUGAUACUAUGUCAGGAGAUUUGGAUGAGACUCACAUUCAUGCCACAAUGAUAAACAAAGAGGAUCCAAUAAGUGCACUCCUGUCGCACUAUUCUGAUUGGGAUAAGCUGAAACGAGGAGUUGCCUGGAUAUUGAAGUUCAAGAAAAUGCUACAAGGAAAGGGGAAAGGAAUAGAUGGCAAUUCUAGUGAAAUGUUCAGCCUGACAAAUAAGGACAUUGAAGAUGCCGAAGUCGCAAUUGUUAAACAAUUGCAACUUGAAUCAUUCCCAGAGGAAAUGAAACGACUGGCUGGUCACGGAGAAGAGAAAGGAGUACCAAAACGCUCUACCCUUAGUAACCUUGAUCCAGAAUUGAGCAAUGGGUUACUUCAAGUAGGUGGAAGGUUGCAGAAUGCCCAGAUUCCAAGCAGUGCUAAACAUCAAUACAUCCUACCAAAGAAGCAUCAUGUAACCACUCUUUUAAUGCAAUACAUCCAUAGGAGAGUUGGUCAUCAGGGACAAAAUCACAUGGUAGCUGAAUUACGACAGAAAUUCUGGGUGGUAGCAGCUGGAGUUUUAGCACGAAACAUAGCAAGGAAAUGCAUCAUUUGUAGAAAGAACCAAGGAAAGGCUGGUCAUCAGAAAAUGGCAGAACUUCCAAGAAGUCGAGUUCAGAGUGACGAGCCGGCGUUCACCAGAGUUGGCAUGGACUAUUUUGGUCCUUUUGAAAUAAAGUGUGGAAGAAGCAUAAGGAAAAGAUAUGGCGUAAUCUUCACAUGCCUGUCCUGCAGAGGGGUGCACAUUGAAGUUGCAUCGAGUCUAGACACAAGCUCCUGUAUUGAGGCUAUUCGUCGCUUCAUCAGCCGCCGAGGACCUAUGAAAGAGAUGUUCUCGGAUAAUGGUACAAAUUUAGUAGGAGCUGAAAAGGAACUGAAGCAGGCAUUAAAGGAGCUGAAUCAAGACCAGCUGAUCAACUUUCAUGCAAACCAUGGCAUGAAAUGGCAUUUCAAUCCUCCUGCUGCUUCCCAUCAGGGGGGAGUAUGGGAACGUCAAAUUAGAACAGUCAGAAAGAUACUGUGUGCAGUCAUGAGAGAGCAGUAUCUAAAGUCCUACCAGAAUGAGGAGCAGCUCCAUACAUUCAUGUGUGAAGUGGAGGCCGUCAUAAAUAGUAGGCCUCUUACCCGAUGUUCAGACAACCCAAAUGAUCUGGAUGUAAUCUCACCAAACAGCUUGCUGACUAUGAAGGGUUCAACGACGCUACCUCCAGGGAUCUUCGACGACAAGGACAUCUACGCAAAGAAGCGGUGGAAACAGAUGCAGUACUUGGCAGACUUAUUCUGGAAGAGGUGGGUGCGAGAAUACCUGCCUUCCCUACAACGCCGACAAAAGUGGCUGCAGCCAAGUCGUAACCUUCAGGUGGGGGACAUUGUACUCGUCAUAGACGAAACAGCGCACAGAUGUUCCUGGUCCAUGGCCCGAGUGCAAGAGGUUAUGCCAGACAACAAGGGGUUCGUCCGCAGAGCGAAAGUGAAAACUGCAACAACAUCGCUAGUAAGACCAGUAACCAAGUUGUGUAUUCUACUGGAGCAGGAAAUUUGA